AUGCCACUGUCGCUGCUUGCCGUGCUGGCAGUCUCGGCGUGCGUGCCUGGUGCGGGGGCGGCGCGCGUCACAGGCGAGACAGCGCGCGGUGCUGGGCGCCACCAGCUUGCGGCCGGGCAACAGCUUCGCAGCCGCUUCGUGCUGAUCGAGCGCCUCGAGGCCGUGCAAGAGCUGCAAGAGCAAGGAGAGCAGACCGGUAAAGAGGGCGGCGACCCGGUUCCUGGCAAGAACUUUCCGAAGGUCGGAAAGUUGGCAAGCUACGGCAAAGGCUUGUUCCGGAGCCUGACGUUCCGAGACCCAGAGCAUCUCGGCAUGGGGAGCUUCGGCGACGCUUGGAGAGCCUACGACAACGAGCGCAAGGAGUAUGUUGUGCUGAAGAUCUUCUUCUACAGGCUCUUUGGAGAGUACAAGUAUCUGACCGGCAGGACAAGGGAUGGCAGCCAGGAGGUGGAGGAGGCGGAAAAGGAAUGCCUCGAAAUCCAGCGGUUGUUUUCAGUGCCAGGGGCUGACACAGAUCCCGGUGCCCGGCACAUCUGUCGGUGCUACGAGAACCACACCACGACCACGGAUGCCGAGGACGUGGACGAGCCUGCCUUCCUUGUGCUGGAGGACUGUGGGCAGUCGCUCAAGCACUACGAGCAGGCGACCUUCAAGAAGCCCUGGUCCUGGCGGAAGCGCGUGGUCGAGGGCAUUCUGGAGGCUGUGCGUUUCCUCAGCCAGCAGAACCUGAUCCACCACGAUUUGAAGCCCGACAAUGUCUGCGUGACCGAUGCCGGGGAGGCGAAGCUCAUCGACUUCGGGGCAAUGCAGGUGUGGCCCAACAAGACCGACCCCUGCCUCUCUACGGCCGGCUACUCGGCACCAGAAUGGACCGGCCGUUGCUUCGAUGCCACCGCGCCGAGCUCCGCCUACGACUCCUACGCCACCGGCAUCAUUUUGCUGGAGCUGCUCUGCGGAAAGGGCAGCUUCGAUAUCUCAAACCCUGAAAGCCCUUGCACCUCUUGGCUCAGCUUCGGAAUCGAUGCCAACGCUGUGCAGACGGCGAAGGAGCUGACGAACAGCAACGCCUCACUACGCCCCUCGCCGACAAGGGCGCUGAGCCUGCUGCGGGGCCUCUAG